UCAAUCACCUAUGAAGUUAAUCGAUGGAAAUUCCCAUUGUCAAUAUAGUAAGAUCAUCUCUAUUGCUAGACGAUCACAACUUUAUUUGGUAUCUUGAAUUUAUGGUUGAUUUUUUAUUGCAGAUGCAUGCAGUGCAUAGCCAACAUUUUGCUGAUAUCCCAUACAGACUGUUAGUCUCUUGUUUAGAGCACCCUUAUUUGACGGUAGACAGGUUAGGUAAUAAUAUCCGAGUUUCUCUGUACAAUUACAUUGAGAUGCAUCUUGCUGAAGCACUUUCGAUUUGGAUUGAUUAUAAUCAGAGACAAGUGGUGCAUGCAGGCGGGUGUGAGUACGACUUCACUGAUCUUUUGAAGCACAUCCGUGUCAGUAUAUUGCCACUGUCAUUUGCUGCAGGGAAAAGAAAAUCCAACUAUUUAUCUGAUCUUGCAUAUAAAUCCGUUCAAGCAAUACACAGCAUGAAGAAUCCUUCUGUUGACUGGACAGAUUCAUUUGAAAAUGACGACUUCAGUCAUCUCAGGCUUCGGUUGACAGAAUAUUCUGAGAUGGUGGACCUUUCUGGUUGUCCUCAGAUAACGUCUGCGCUUCUGUUUUUUUCCAUGCUUCCUUAUUCAUAUUGUAUGGAAUCCAUGGAUCCCUUAUUGAGGAACAGCUUUAAAGAAAGUCUACGCGAGCUCGAUGGAGUUCAUAAAUAUUCUCGUCUGUUUUCCCUGCAAGUCCUGCCAGUUCUGUGUUUUGAAGCAGUUCACAAGGUUGAUAUAUCCAAAUGUCUGGGCCUUAAUAUUGCAGAUGCCAUGCAGUGCUUCAGCAAGUCAUUUCCGUCUUUGAGAAUACUAAAGGCAGCUUAUCUAUUAAACUUCGAGGCAUCUGAUUUGCCUCGUUUACUGGAGAAGUGCCCUUUGCUCAUCGAAGUCGACUUAACUCAUGAUACUAGCCCUAUUCCACUGGCCCAUCCAAGUCCAGCUAUGAAUCCAACUUGCAGUUGCAUAGACAAGAACGACAAUUUUGAAGAUGCGGUCUUGAUCAUGACACCUCGAUGUUACUCAAGGUUCCCAAAAUCAAAUAUUGCAAGACUCACAUUAGAAGGCAGAAGUGAUGUCCGUGAUGAUGAUCUCAUCCACAUUGCAAAUAAUUGCAGUUUCUUAUGCUACCUAAACCUUAAAGGAUGCUCCUUUGUGAGUGAUGCUGCCAUAUGCUAUCUCUUAUGGAGCUCUCUGCACCUUCAUGCGCUCAUAGUAUGCGAUACUCGUUUUGGAAAUAACUCGGUUAAAGCACUCUGCUGUUGUGGUCGAGUGAUGACUGGAACAUUACCUUAUCCACCUGCUGGAUGGAAAAACUCUGAUUGGCUGGCUUGUAAACUUCAAAUACUGCAUAUGGGUGGCUGCAAAGGCGUUGACCCAGGAUUGCUGUUACGACUUAUGUCUCGUAUAAAGUCAGUGAAGAGCCUUUGCUUGAGGGACACUCAACUUGAUGAUGAUGCGCUUUCUAGCUUCCCGGGUUCUUCCUUGGAUUCGCUUGACGUGUCGAAUACUAUGAUUUCUCAGUCCCAUUUGGCUUGUAUAAUUCGUAAAAAUCCUGGUUUGAAGAUUCUUAAGGCGAGGGGCUGUAAAAGUAUCGUGCAAGCAGAUAGUAAUUGUGGGAGGAGACUAGCUCCUCCAUCGUUACCUUGCGAGGAAGUCUUUAUUCGCUUGGGUAAUUCAUGCAAAUUGCAGGAAAUUGCACUGGGAUGGGGUUUUUCGAGCUUAGCACUAGAAGCUCUGAAACCUGCAAUAACUGCCCUAAGUUCAUUAACUGUGGGGUUGGGAGGAUCUCUCGGAGAAGAUGCACUUAGACAACUGCCAACUAUUUGUCCGAAUCUCGAGUCUUUGACUCUUUACUUUCAGGUUCUAUCAGAUGGGAUCAUGUCAAAUAUCCUAGCAUCUUUGAGGCACUUGAAAGUUUUGGAACUGUGCUUCUGUUCGGGGGAUAUAUCAAUAUUGAGUUUCAAGUUUUCGAUGCCACAUUUAAGGAAGUUGGGGCUUCAAAGAGUAGCAGCUUCGAUGACCCAUGAUGACUUGCUCGUGCUGGCUCGGAACUGUCCAAAUUUGACAGAGCUCUGCUUGGUGGGCUGUAGGCGUCUCAGUUCAGAUGCCCAGGAGAUAAUCUCUCGUGAAUGGCCAGGAUUGACAUAUCUGCAUCUAGAGGAAUGUGGUGAAGUAACCCGGCAUGGAGCUUCCUCUCUCUUUGAUUGUGCAGCUCUCGAAGUCCUCUUCCUGCGUCAUAAUGGGCGGGGUAUAGAGAAAAGUUUCAUUCUGGAUGCGGUUUCCAAGCUACCUAUGCUUAGGCAGCUAUCGGUGGAUACAUGCGAUGCAAGGGAAGGUCGCUUCAGCAUUCCAAAACGCAAGGAGAGGCAAUCCUUCAGUGCUAUUAAGAUAGCAAGAUGCCAGUCGCGGAUAAGAUCUCUGGACAUCCAAUCUGUGAAACAGCGAAGGUGGCGAGUACACAGGGAUACAUUAGUCUAUCUGCGCGAUGAAAGAACGAUAACGGAAGAAAGGCUGUAGCUUCGGGAUAGUACUUCUGAAUUGUUAUACGAUCUAUUGUGCCUAGAUCCCACAGAUCAAUACAAGCGAGUCACAUCAGGAGGUAUCCGUGUACUGGUAAAUGGGCAUGCAUUUGUUGCUUAUUAAUACAGUGUAUCUUUUCUUGUUAGUCGAGAUUCGGGACGAUCCAUCACUUAUAUGCAAACCGAAAUGCGGAGUAGUAUUAUGGAGGUGUACUAAAGCCCAGAGCUUUGAAUCUCCGCCGUGCUGGGCCUGAUGGUAGAAAGCUUUCCCUCUCCUCUUCAAACAAAGCGAAAGUAAUUAAAUCUUGAAAUCCACUUAUCAUAUUGUUUUCUGGUCGAAAACAUGAAACGUAUUCGAUUUGAUUAUGAAGCGACUUCUCA